AUGGGGGAUUCACAACACGAAAAUAAGAAAGGAAAUGGCAAAGAGAAAGAGAACUAUGAAUCUUGGACCAUAGAUGAUGAAGUAUGGGAAGAUUACUUGAAGUCUCAUCCAAGUCACAGUAAGCUUCAUGAAAAGAGUGCAGUUGAUUAUGAAGAAUUGAAGAUUGUCUUUAGUGGUGCAACUACUACUAGGAAUGAUUCCAUUGCAUUAGGUACUAAUGAUACCAAUGCUACAACUUUUGGAGAAGAAAAUAAGGAUUCAAGGAUGGAAGACUUUGUGUAUGAUCCUAUCAACGAUGUCUUCAUAGAACCAAAUCACUAUGAACUACUCGACCAUUCUCCAUCACCCCACCAAUGUAGUCCACCAUCUCAUUCCCUUUUAGAUUUGGAGGUUCACACUGAAAAAACAAGUCGCAAUAAUCGAAGUAGAUCCAAAUAUGAAGGAAAUUCUACCUUAGUUGGAACCAACAAACAAGCUAAAGUUCUAGAAAAUCUUUCAAUUGACAUUGGUACUAUUGCUAGGAAUUUUGAAAAAAUAUCUAACCUAAUGGAGGAAAGAGAAAGAGAUAGAAAAAGAGAAAGUAAUAUUUGGGAUGCUAUAAAAGAGAUUCCAAAUUUGGAGGAUAAGACUUGGUUCUUGGCAAUUGAUUUGCUUAAUACUAAAGCAAAGAAGGACAUGUUCUUGAGCAUGUCGUUAGAAGAGCGCUUUUCUUGGAUAAAUUUCAAGCUAGGAUGAUUAAUAUUUUGAUUAGAUUGUCCUUUCAUGAACUAC